CUCUAAAACCCUUUCAAUAAAGCAUAAGAAGCUAGUAAUAGAAAGCGCCCUCGCUCUGCUUCUUCUUCAUCAUCACUUGCUUUUCUUCCUCACGAAGUUAUGGCGGAAAUCAACGAAAAGAAGCGCGAUACCCGAAAGCAGAAGCGAAAACAACAAGACGGUGAGGCUGAGAAAGAAGGAAGAAACGGGAACGAUAGAGAAGCGACGAAACGCAGCGUUGAAACUCAAACAAAGAGUAACCCCAACAAGAAAUUCAAGAAAGUUUUCCCUUACGGGAAUUACCAGCACUAUUAUGGUUACAGAAUUGGACGAGAUGCUGAAAGAGAAGAAGAUCCUCGCAUUAGGGUGUUGAAGAAAGAGUGGUUUGAAGGGAAGGAUUGCUUGGAUAUCGGUUGUAACAGUGGCAUUAUUACAAUCCAAAUUGCAAAGAAGUACAAUUGCGAGAGCAUCCUCGGAAUCGACAUCGAUUCUGGUCUAAUCAAAGAAGCAUUUUGGCACCUUAAAAAAUUUGUGAAAAUGGAAUCUGCUGAGAAGAAAAGUACAUAUGAUUCCAAUGUAAAGGUUUUACAAGAUGUAAAUGGGUCAGAGGAGUGUGCUACUAAAUCUUCAGAUGAAGGUGAAGACAAUGGCUCAAGUCAUAAUUCUUCUGGUGAAAGAAAUCUAUCAGAUAUAGUCUCUUUUCAACAAGAAAAUUUCGUGCGGAGUCGGCUGCCUGAUAAACAUUAUGAUACAGUUCUUUGUUUAAGUGUGACGAAGUGGAUUCACCUGAACUGGGGUGAUGAUGGCUUGAUUACAGCAUUCUCAAAGAUUUGGAGACUUCUACGUCCGGGUGGCAUCUUCGUCUUGGAACCUCAACCUUGGAAUUCAUAUGAAAAGAACCGCAAAGUCUCUGAGACAACAUCUAGCAAUUAUCAUGAUAUUGAGUACAGACCGGAUUCCUUUCGGGAAAUUCUUCUGGACAAGAUAGGAUUCAGAAGAGUCGUGGAUCUAACUUCAGAGUUAUCAGGCACUAAAGCCGGUUUCGAUAGACCAAUCUUUGCCUACCACAAAUGACCGGUUCCGAUAGACUGAAUUUGGUUUUGAUAGUCCGGUUUUUGCAUGCUACAGAUGAUCAUAGAAGAAAGGGUAUUAAAAGACUCUCAGGGACGUGACUUGUGUUAUGGCACCGGACAUGGGAGCAAUGGUGUUGUUGCUGCUCAUACGGCAGUUUUAGUUUUAUUUUUUUUGUAUGAUAUUUUGUAUCCACUAAAACUUUGAAGUUGGUUUUCAGUGAAAUGUGUUGCAUCAUCUUUAAAUUUUUGUUA